AUGAUAACUCAGAUAAUUGGCGUUUCCACUUUCCGAAAACGUAUCCUUACCGGAGAAUUCGAUUUAUCGACGACAUUGCUUGAAAGACCUUCUGCAUUAUCUAAUGUUCGCGUGCAAAAAAAGUAA